GAAAGAAAGAAAGGAAAAAGAAAAGGAGCUGCAGCACAACUGAGCAGGGCAGCAAGACGGUGGAUUAAAUAACAAACAUGGCGACCAAUAUUGAAGCGCCACACCAAUACAAUCAACCCUCGAGAAAGGGUAAAAAGGCUUGGAGGAAGAAUGUGGACGUGUCGGAGGUCCAGGAGGGGCUUCGACUGCUUCGGGAGGAAGAAAUUCAAGGCGGUGUUCUCGCAGAAAAGCCUUCAGGGGACCUAUUCACAAUCGAUAAGCUCGGGUCAAACGAGAUAGCAAAAAGGCCUCCGAAAGCAUCAAGACCGCUAAAAGCCGAUGAGAUUCUAGGCCUACGCUCUGCUAUCAAUGCUGUCGAUAGCCGGAAACGCCCAAAUCCCAAAGUCACGGAUGGAAUAGUCGAACCUAAAAGCAAGCGAACGAGAAGGGACUGGGUGACCAAGGAAGAAUGGCUACGACUCAAAAAGGUCGCCGCAGAGGCAAACGUGCUAAAUCAAGAUGUCCAACAAGGUGCUUCCUACGACCCGUGGGAAGACAACCCAAGCGCACCUACACCCGAGGACAAUCUCGAUUUCAUCCCAAAAACAAAGCCGAAAGUUGCGCCUGCAACACUAAAGCGCCCACCGAUCUCACUCGCAGCUAACGGCAAACCAAUACCUUCUGUGAAAACACCCGAUGCCGGAAUAAGCUACAACCCCACCUUCGAAGAUUGGGACAAGCUCUUGACAGAAGAAGGGAACAAGGAGGUAGAAGCGGAAAAGCAACGCUUACAAGAAGAAAAAGCGGAGCAAGAGAGACAGACGCGAAUUGAAGCAGCCAAAAACGAAAACGACGAGGCUAAAUCUGACGAUGAGAGUGCGUGGGAGGGAUUCGAAAGCGAGUAUGAGGCCCCUGAGGGGUUGAAGAAAAAGCGACCUGAGAGGAAAACGAAGGCCCAAAGAAAUAAGAUAAAACGGAGGAAAGAGGCAGAAAGAAAGGCAAAGUGGGAAGCGAAGAUGAAGAAGAGAGAAGAGCAAGCGUCUCAAAUCAAAGCUAUUUUGAACGCUGUGAAAGAGAAUGAGGAAGCCCGGAAGUUGAAAGAGAAGGAAGCUGAGUCCUCAGAAGAAGGGGAUGACCGGGUUUUGCGGAAGAGGUCAUUUGGCGGUAAACAUCUAGUUCCUGAAAAACCCCUUGAAAUAGUGCUUCCCGAUGAACUACAGGAUUCUCUUCGGCUUCUGAAGCCAGAAGGAAAUCUGCUAGGUGAUCGCUUUCGGAAUUUGCUUGUACAAGGAAAACUCGAAACCCGGAAACCGGUCUCCCAGCCCAAAAAGGCAAAGAGAACGUACACCGAAAAAUGGUCUCACAAAGACUUCAAAAUCUAG